GGUGCUGUCCUAUGGGAUGGAUGACGGCCAGCAGGAUCAGUACGAGGAGCGUCUGAAGGAGGUCUUUGAGAGUUUCGACGUCAGCGGCGCCGGGUCGCUGUGCCCCGAGGAGCUAUCUGACCUGUGCCAGGCCCUGCACCUGGAGGAUUCCACCCCCACACUGCUCCAUGCCCUGCUGCAGAACCAGGACAGACUCACUGGCAGGGUUGGUUUUGAGCAGUUCAAGAAUGCCCUGAUUCUGGUGUUGUCAACGAGCAUAGUAGCAACACCUGCGCCCAGUCAGGAGACAGCGCGUGCUUCUCUAUCACCAGACUCAACAGUCCAAGCUAAGUUUGUGCGGGGUAGUAAACGCUAUGGCCGACACUCUACACCGGCGUUCAUAGACACCGACACAGACUUCCCAGAGGACCUCAGCUCCCACACUACAGACCCAGGACAUCAUGAAGACUCUACUGUGCCUAGGAAACGUGAGCGCUGGAAUGCUCAUGAAAGCGGAACGGAAGAGUACGAGGCAGAAGGCCAGCUGCACCUGUGGAACCCUGAUGAACCCUCUACCCCACGGGGCUCUAUCACACCCCUCUCAGACCACCAGGAGGAGAGGUUUCGGGAGGCCUGCGAGGAGCUGGCCAUGCCCUGGGAUGGAUGUGCCAGCCACCAUGAGCUACUGGCUCUCUGUGACCACCUGGGCCUGGAGGUGACGGAGGAUGUCCUCCAGGUUCUUAGUGGUGACGAGGUCAUGAGCGUUCAGGCGUUUACUUCCUGGGUUCUGAACCAUGCCAAGCCCCCCACCCCGUCUGCCUCCACACCUUACAGACAGCUCAAAAGACUACACUCCUCACAGCCAUUCGAUGAGACGGGCCGUAGAACCAGCGCUAUGACGAGCACCAUCGGGAUGCGGCUGUUCUCCACUCUGGACGAUGGGACAGGGUCCGCUCCUGCUGAGGACAUCCUGGAUGUCUGGAUGGAGGAGGGCAUCGAGAACAGCCCAGAGAUUCUACAGGCCUUGGAUUUUGACCUGGAGGGAAAAGUGAACCUCAGGGAACUGACUGUGGCUCUGGAGAACGAGCUCCUCGUCACUAAGAAUGGGAUCCACCAGGCUGCACUGGCCAGCUUUAAGGCUGAGAUCAGAUACCUACUUGAACGUGUAGAUCGGGAGCUCCGAGAGAAAGAGAAGAUUCGCUCUGACCUGGACAAAGCCGAGAAGUUAAAAACACAGCUGGCUUCUGAGGUGGACGAGCAUCACUCUGCCAUCGAACGCAUGAAUGACCUCAACCUGAGGAAGCUGGAGCAGGAACACAGGGAGAAGCUGGUGUCUGUCCGGUCAGAGCUCAUUAAAGAGAUGGACCAGAUUCAGCAGCAGACUGGUCAGCAGAGAGAGAAACUAGAGGCGGAGAUGGAGAAGCUCAGAGACGAUGAGACCUUCCUCAGAGACCACCUCUCACUCACUGUCAAGGAGAGUAGGCGUCUGGAGAUGGAGCUGCUGGACAGCACUGAGAAACUGGUAGAGGCAGAAAACCAGGUCAGCAAACUGCAGAGGAACCUGGACAACAUCCUGAAGGAAAAGUUUGGGGAUCUGGACCUGGGCAGUGCCGAGUUCUUCCUACAGGAGGAGAGUCUCAGACAGCUACGCAGUAGCUAUGAGGAACAGUGUCGGGAGCUGCAGGAUCGCAUCGAUGAGCUUCAAGCAGAGCUGCAGGAGUACCACAACCUGGGCCGCACCUCUCAGCUCUGUCUCAAACCCUCUCUCUCUGAGGACCUGGAGAGUAAGAGUCCUGGCAUGGAGUCAGACCCAGGUCUAGGCUCAGAGGAGGGCCAGCCGUUGUUCAACAUGAGCCUGGAGGCAGAGAUGAUGCUGGAACGGCUGAAAGAGAAGCACCUCCGAGAGAUGGAGGAGCUACAGGCUCAGCUGGAGAGCAAGGUGAGUGAGUUUGACCAGAAGGUGGAGGAGCAGAAAGCCGACCUGGAGGCCCAGAAGGUAGCCUUGUCCCAGCAGUACCUGGAGGAGAUCCAGGCACUACGAGGGGAGAUGUCCAUCAUCCAGAACCGAGCCCUGGAGCUUCAGGCCCAACUAGACAAUGCUGAGGAGGAGAGGGCCGGUCUAGAGCAGAGACAGGCUGGGGUGAAGGAGAAGCAGGAGCACCAGGAGGAGGAGGUGAGUGGCUUAGUUGAUAAAGGCAUGGAGCUAACAAUGCCAGGGUUGUGGGUUCGAUUCCUACUCGGCCAACCGUAUGAAAAUGUAAACACUCACUGAAGUAAGUCCCUUUUUUUAAAG